GUUAAGACAAAUGGCUUUCACAAAAAGCAUUUAUAAACGUUACAUGUGUGCAGGUCUUUUAUUAAACAGUCAUGUCUAUGGAUUAUUUGAAGAAUGUUUAUAAACCUCAGACAGGAUAUUCUCCACGAGCCACGAAGACAAGUUAUGGAGCUAUGAACAACUGGCUUGCAACAUCCAAAAACUACCAAGGGCAGCUUCCAACAGUAAGGAGCGUCCGGGGACCAAACUUUGCUCCAAGACGAAUCCAUCCUUCAGUGAGCCAGCUAGCAGCAGUAGACGACACACUUCCAGUACAUCUGCGGUACAGUCGCAACUGUGGGUAUGACGACUUCCAUAAGGCGUUCAGAAACAUCGGACACCAGUGGCCAGAUCUAAGCUACCCCAACUUUGGCCCAGCACGAUUGCGACAAGGUCGACUAGGGGGCAGCUGGCGACACAUCAAAGAAGUCAUGCAGGCUGUGGGAAAUCGUGGAACUUUCAUAGACGGAUGUAUUGCGACUGAUGACCGAUUUACAUCAGAACGAGUACCAGGUGGUGAUUUGAUCAAACCAGUAGUUCCAGACAGUCGGAAUGCAACAUGGAUAUACGGCCUACAGUCUAAAGCAAACGAGCACAUGCAUAGAAAACCCACAUUUGAUGUAUUCACCCAGAGAGAAGUGGAACAUACAAACUGGUGCAUAAUGCGGUAGGGCCACAGAAAGCAUUGAACGAUUUCAUCUUGAACAAGUGUGCAUCUUAGUGUGGAAUAACGGUGCCAACAUUUUUCACUUGAACAGAUACAUGUGCUGUAAUAAUAGCAAGCUACUUUUGCUGUUAUGGAAGAUUCACAUAAAAAUAGUUUUUAAAGGAGAAAAAGCUAAUAUUUCAUCAGGAUUGCAUUCAAAACAUUAAAUGUGUAUAUAAUAUGGGAAGACCUUUUGAAUGUAAUAUAUCAAUUGAUGAUGAUGAUGAUGAUGAUAAAUUUUAAGUUUAUUUGUGAAUAACAUUGAUAAAGUAGAAAAUUGUGGUAAUGAGAGAAAGUGUUCAUCUUCAAACUAUGAUGAGUUAAAGUGAAUGUAGAAGUAUUUACACAAACAAUGUUUAAAGGAUGGAUCUCUACAGAUGGAUUUCCCCAAACAAAGUGAAGAUUCUAAAAAGCAGAAGCAAAUACAACAGCUGAAAAUGUGUUCAGUUAUGUGACAACAUUAUUGCCAUGAUUAUUAUGAUGCUAACAUUAAUAAUUAUAUGCAUUUUCCCCUCUCGGUGAUUGUAUUUGUUUGAUGAUACUGGAAAUAAACUACAAUUUUUAUUUUU